AUGAACACUUAUGAAGAGUAUGAAGAAGAGGAGCUCAAUGACUACAUCAUCCAGCUCAGUAUUCAAGACUCCUGCCAGGAUGCCUUUCUGAAGUCUGCAGCAAGUUUAGCACCAGUGACGGAUGAAAAUCUGAGAGUCCUAGCUGCCAUCGAGCAAGGUGACAUCUGGGUUCUCAGAGAGAUGCUGAGGCACACCUUUGCCUUCAGGGAGUCGGACAGUCGUGGCUGGCUUCCUAUUCAUCGAGCUGCAUCCCAGCCAGUCCUGGAGGUUCUGGAGACUGUCUUGAGAUUGGCAGCUCAGGGACUCAGCCUGGAGGAGAGGACAGUCGUGGGAGGAGAGACGCCUCUGACACUGGCAGUUAAAGCAGGACUGGUACAGAAUGUGAAGAGUCUGCUGCAGUACGGAGCCUCGCCUCACAACACCAACAGCAAAAAUGAAUCGCCGCUGCUGCUCGCGGUGAGAGCCAACUCUUACGAGAUGACAUCCACACUGGUCGCUAAUGGCGCGUGGGUGGAGCAGGUUUGCCGUAAGAAGUGGACGGCGAUGCACGAGGCAGCCAAGGUCGGCAACGUGGACAUCUUGAUGAUGCUUCUGAGGAACGGCGGCCGGGUAAACCACAAGGACGUGUUGGGAGUGACGCCGCUGUCUGUGGCUGCAGAGCACGGACACUUUCACGUCACUGAGAUUCUAGUGAACUGUGGUAGCAGAGUGAACUCUCAGGCCUGUAACGGUGAAAGCAUUCUGCUGGACGCGGCUGGAUCAGGAAACACCGCCUGCAUUCAGCUGCUGCUGGACAAUGGAGCUGACCCCAAUCUGCCCAGCAUGAUUGGGCACCUGCCCAUCCACAAGGCAGCAUAUGCUGGACACUAUGAUGCUCUGAAGAUGCUGAUACCGCUGACCAACAAGAAAUCAAUUAAAGAGGCGGGUCAGAGCCCGGUCCACUCUGCGGCAGAUGGAGGCCAGAGCUCCUGCCUGGAGCUCCUGUUGGCCCAUGGCUUUGACGUUAACUACCGCAUGAACACCAGGAACUCAGAAAACUACCGGGACAUGAGGAAAAGUGCUUUGUACUUUGCAGUGUCCAACGGGGACGAGGAGUGCACUAAACUCCUGCUGGCAGCUGGGGCGAAGACGGACCUGGACCCACUGUGCUGCCUCCUUGUGGCGGUCAGGUCGGGGCACUAUGAGAUCGUGAAGCUCCUGCUGGCGGCCAAAGCAGAUGUGAACUGUUACUUCACAGUGGUGAUCGAUACAGUGUUUCCCACAGCUCUGCAGUACUGCCUGAAGGACGAGGUCAUGAUGAGGCUGCUGCUUAACAACGGCUACAAGGUGGAGAUGUGCUUUCAGUGUCACCAUGACAACGCUACUGAUGCUGCAGAUGAGGUGGAGGGAAAAAUUCCAUUCUGUGAGUUCAUGAGCCUCUGCUGCAUCAUGGAUCUGUCCGGGAGUGUGGUCCGGAUCCUGCUGGACUAUGUAAGCCACGUUCGCAUCUGCUCCAAACUCAGACUCAUCCUGGAGAAGCAGACGGAGUGGCCUGAAAUAUGCAACAUCCUCAGCAGUCCUCGCUCCCUCAGACACCUCUGCAGACUGGUGAUCAGGAGGUGUCUGACCCUGAAGAGACUCAACAAACCUGAAAUAAUGAACUCGCAAAUUUUCCCUCCCAGACUGAAGAGCUUCAUACAGUACCAGGAGCUUGACCUCUACAGCCAGGACUCUGAACGCAUCAUUUGAACAUACGUAUGUGGAUCUGUUUUUUAAAGGAUGUAACUAUAUUUAAAUCUUUGCAAUCUCUGAUUUUGAGAAGCACGAAACUGCAGAAAUGAACUUUAUUAUUCUAUUUUUUAUAAUCGUUUGAAUAUUUUGUUUCUGAACAAUGUAUGACUGAAGGACAGGCUCUGUGUUUUUACAGAAAAAACAUUUUCCAGGCACAUCCCUGUUUUUUUUUUCUUUCACACUGUGGCAUUUUGACCUUUUUGAGGUCUAUGGGUGGUGUUAAUUAAUAAUAAUCAGUCCACAUGUUUGCAAGAUAUUUGAACAACUACAACAACAACAGAUUUAGUGACAUUUUCUGUGAAUAUUCAUAGUCCUCGGAAGAUAAAUUUGACCCUCUGACCAGGAAUCCUGAAGAUAAUAAUCAUCCUUCACCUGAUGCCUGUAUUAUAGUAUAUUGAUGACAGAGGUUAUGACUCUGACAGAAAAUUGAAGAUCCAGUUUAUUUAGCUUAUUGCACUUUUCCUACAGCUGUAUUGUCAAAUGUACCAAAUAUUGUUCAUUCAUGAUCAUGAACUGCCUGGAUGAUAAAAAAAAACACUUCCCCAAAUUAAUAGUUUGUUAUUGAGUAGUAAUAUUUUACAGUAAAACGAUAAAAAUAUGGAAAGACCACAUGUUUAAAACUGCUCAAAUUGACAUUAUUCUCAAUAUGUCCAUCAACAUGAUAAUCAAAGAGGUCAAAGGUCAGAGCUGUAAAUCUGCAGCAGAUGGAGAAAAGGUUAAGAAGCCGUGAGCCAUUUCACUCCUCAAACCUCUUCAUUAUUUCAACAGGUUCUCAUCGGUUUGUUGUCUCACAGAGGAUGGAUCUCCU